GCUCCCCGACCGCUCGCGUUCGCGCCACCCGCCCCGCCGCCGACCGUAAACAUUCGCACGUGUUCCCCGCGAAGUGGACCCCGCACAGUUCAGUUCAUACCCAGUGCUUAGUGUUGUGUUACCCGCUACCAUCGCGAUACACCUGCCCAAAUAUCCGCCGAUGGAUCCGAUCGACGCCUGACCAAGUGCCGUUCACGUAUGUCGAAAACAAAUAUCAGUUGGAAAACAAAGGAUAGUUGAGUUUGCUUAGCUGCAGGUGAUCGGUGAACCGGUGACAUUGCUUGUUGACACUCGAAGGAAUUUCUACUGUAAGGUCAUUGCGACAUCGAUAUGGAAUAAAAUAUUGAAGCAAUAUGAGCGGUCGCGAGGCGGGCGGCAGGCGCGCCUAAGAUGCGCUCAAAGCAGCAACCCAGACCAUCCUACCGUUGGCUCAGCCCGAACGAAAACGAAGAAGCUACAAGUCCAGACAGCGGCGUGAAGGAUCACCAUCGGGAGAGGGGGGCGGUGGAGAGAGAGGAUGAAGCCUCCAGGUCCGCCUCCCCCGCGUCCCGCACCUCCCCGGCGCCUGAUGAACGGGACAUCGAGCACAGCAUACCAGCUACCCUCAUCCAAGAUCCCAAUGCAGAAAGGGAGAGUCCGAGAUGUCUGUCGCGGGAGUCGUCUGGCGCGCCUCGGUGUCCCUCCAACGACUCUGUGUACUCCGGCCGCAGCGCGCCCAGCCUACCCUUGCCGGCUGCGCUCUCCGCCGCGCUCCCCGCCGCGCUUCCAGCCGCUUUACUGCCCCCUCACUCGGCCGCUGUAGCCGCCUACCUCGGCGCUGCAGCCGCUGCAGCGCAACAACGUCUUCUCAUGUCUUGCCAAGAAGAUUUAACCGACGCGGAACGCGCAGACGCCGUGUUGGACUUCAGUACAAAACGAAGUGAGUCACCCCACGACGAUGAUGAUAUUGACGCCGAUGAUGCCGUCAAUCUAAGUAAGAAUGAAAACGGGCCAUUAGAUUUAUCAGUCGGUACCAGAAAGAGAGGACCAGAGGAUUCGCCGUCUCCAGUUCCGACAAGAAAAAGUUCUAGGUCUGCAGAUUUUAAGUCUCUUGCGACGCCUUGGACUACGCCAGUAGCUCCUCAUUUGCCAUAUUUUGCUGCCGCUGUAGCCGCAGCCAGCCUGUCACCUAAAGGGGGUGUUCCCGGUGACUGGAAUGGAAAACUUAAGCAUGGUGCACCGACCCCUAGCGAUGCGACCAAAGCUCUUGAGAAGAUGAGCGAACUGAGUAGGUUAGGUGGAGAGGAAUUGUUUAGAUCUGUUCAGAGUGCAGCAUUAGGUGCUGGAUUAACACCGAACGCUGCAGCUCGACACUCAGCAUGGCAAUCACACUGGCUUAACAAGGGCGCAGACCAGACUAAAGACGUUUUAAAAUGUGUCUGGUGCAAGAAAAGUUUUAAUUCGUUAGCUGAUCUGACAGUUCAUAUGAAGGAAGCUAAGCAUUGUGGAGUGAAUGUACCUGUACCUCCCACGUCGGGUGCACCCAUUCCAUCUUCCCUGCAGCCGCCAUCGAGCUCGCCUUCUACACCAUCACAUAAUUCUUCGUCUUCAAGUAGUUCUUCUAAACCUAAUCAUAACGAUCUUAAUAUGCUUAUUAAGGAAAAUAUGCCAAUACCUAGAAAGUUAGUUCGUGGUCAAGAUGUAUGGUUAGGAAAAGGAGCUGAACAAACUAGGCAAAUAUUGAAAUGUAUGUGGUGUGCUGAGAGUUUCCGAUCAUUAGCGGAAAUGACUAGCCAUAUGCAGCGUACCCAGCAUUAUACAAAUAUUAUAUCACAAGAACAGAUUAUUUCUUGGAAGUCUUCCGAUGAUGCUAAAGGUUCAAACUCGAGCACACCAGGUACUAAUAACGCUGUUCCUCCCACCACGGGAACGAGUAGUCAUGUAAGCGCAGUUUUAACUUGUAAGGUUUGUGACCAAGCGUUUAGUUCUUUAAAAGAGUUGAGUAAUCACAUGGUUAAGAAUUCGCAUUAUAAAGAACAUAUUAUGAGAUCUAUUACUGAAAGCGGCGGUAGGAGACGUCAGACACGUGAAAAGCGAAAAAAGUCGCUACCUGUUAGAAAGCUACUUGAACUCGAAAGAGCUCAACAUGAAUUUAAAAAUGGCGAAGGUAAUAGCGUCCCUAUGGGGAAGCCUAUUAGAGAUUUCGGUGCCGGAAGCCGAAUUACUUGCGAAAAAUGCGGUGAUAAAAUUGAGACUGCACUAUUUGUAGAGCAUAUACGACAAUGCAUAGGCGCGCCCAUGUCUAAUAGCCAAAGGAAUUUUCUGAAAAGCGCGCUUCUUUCCAAUAACAUUAUUCCACCUGAUGUCCCCGGACACAUUACACCAACAAGCCGCGAUGGCCGUAAGAGCAUUAAUGACGAAAUACCUUCUCCAGGUUCUGCGCACCACCGCUCUCCUUCAUCAAUUAAUGAUUCUUCUCCUAGUUCCAAAGACCCAAAUGUUAGUAACGAUAAAAGCUCUUCGCCAUCAGUUCUUAAUGCUAUUGAGCAAUUAAUAGAAAAGAGUUUCGAUACUCGCUCACGGCACUCGGUACCCGGUAUGCCCGGGGGUGCUUCACACGCUCCAAUCGGUUCAAGUAUCUUGAAAAGAUUAGGUAUAGAUGAAAGUGUAGAUUAUACUAAGCCUCUAGUAGAUCCUCAGACUAUGAACAUGUUGAGAAAUUACCACCAUCAGCAAGGGUAUGGUCGUCGCGAACGUAGCGGGAGCGAAUCCAGUUCAAUGUCUGAACGCGGGGGCAGUAGAGUAGAAUCACUCACUCCCGAUAGAAAGUUAGAUUCAUAUCACAUGACCCCACGCACCACUCCUGACACACGCGGCUCCCAGACCCCGGCGUCUGAGGAUAGACCUGCUGAAGUUAGAAUAAAAAAAGAGGUUACUGAUGAAGAUGAGCGCGAAAACGGUGUAGACUUGAGCAACCAGCCUGUUAGGGUUAAAACUGAAGUAGAUGAUGACGAGGAACAAGCAAGGCCAAAUAGUUCUGUAGAUGAAGAUGUCAAACCCGCUGUAACUAAGCGUGAAAUAGAAGGUCCAAGUCCAGUGCCUAGUCCGCGCAGUCCUUCUAGUGAUCGUUCUGCCCCAACUCCCGGUACAGAUAGAAAGCCAGCGUCCAGUUUGGGUGCACUCUCUUCUAUGUUCGAUAAUUUAGCUGGAGGCGCCUCGUCCAAUGAGCCCAGUUCCUCUCGUCGCAGUGGUAGUCACCCGCUCGCAGCUUUACAAAAACUCUGCGAUAAAACUGAAACAAAUUCCAAUAGAGCGCCCGCCCCCGCCCCUUCCCCCGCGGGGCCUCCAAGCAUCUUAACUUUUAGUUGGGCCUGCAACGACGCGGUCGUCACUGACUCCAUUAUGAAGUGCGCUCUGUGCGACACGCCGUUCAUUUCCAAGGGUGCAUAUCGGCAUCAUCUAUCCAAAAUGCAUUUCGUGAAGGAUGGCGCGCUCCCAGAGCCGGUCCCGAUGAAAGCGCCUCCGGCCGCGGCGUCUCCCGGCACCCACAAGAGCGGGGGCUCCAACGCGGCCUCCCCGCAGGACCCGCGAAGCCCCUCCCAGUCGUUCGACGAGAGCCCACACUCGAAGUUUCUCAAAUACACAGAAUUAGCAAAGCAAUUGUCUAGCAAGUACGUGUAAGUGUAACGUGUCCGCUGGGCCAUCAGAUGUGAUGAUAGCAUAUCCUGCAUUGAACCUUCAUAGGUUUAGGUCGCGUCGCGACGCUAAGUAUUUCGAAACUCUUUGCCAAUUUAAUUAUUUAGGUAAUCGUUAGAGAUCACCGCGUAGAACGGUUAGUGUAAUUAAUCUAGCGACAUAAGUAUACGCCAAACGUCUUACGUUCAUUUAGGUGUAAGAGAAUAUUUUUAAAAUAUUGCCUUUAGUUAAAGAGGUUGUAGCCCGGCCGGCCGGUCGGCUUAUCUUCCACGAUGUAUUGUAAUUCCAUUUCGAUAAUUGUAAAUAUAAGUCACUUUAAGUCUUGAAAUUUAGAUUCGAUCUCUCGUAAAAGUAUAUUUUUUGCUAAUAAUCUAAAGGGAAGUGUCGUCGCGCGACGAUUGGCUUGUCGCGUCGUGCCGUCAGUAUUCAGACGAAUCCGUUGCAAUAUCAUGUUUCGUGUUACUUAAUUUUUUAUGUAAAUCAGAGUUAGUUAACUGUUCUAAGUUUAUCUAUGUAUAUUUUGGAGUUUUUUUUUUGUUUUUAUAUAUUUUUUUCGAUAUCCGUCGAUGCCUGUAAUCUCGGAGAUCCAAUCUCAGGUUCGAUUCAUGUAAAUACGACGCCAUCGUCAUAGGAUGCAAUAUAACAAUCUCCUUAGUGUAAAUUCGCUCUAGGUACCCUCUCCUCGCGAGAUCGCUAUUUAUUAUUUAGAGUAAGUAAGUAAAAUUAGGUAACCCUACUGUGAACACUUGUAUACCAUUGUAUCAGCGCAUUAUACGGUUGUCCGAAUAAAAAUUAUAUUUAAAAUUUAUUAAAAGUGAUAUGUUACUAUUUUCUUUGAGGACAAUUACAUUCGUAUACGUGUAGGUCUUUUGGUAUUGUGAGAAUCUUCCAAUAUAACAACAGUUAUACGAUGAAGUAUAUACGCUCUUAUGAGUGAAAACUCUUUUAUAUUUAAAUAAAGAAUAUUGUAAACUUGUAACGUGUAAGUUUCAGGCGUAUAUCAAUGAAGCGUGCUCUUGUACACAUUUCAAGGUUUGGGGUUGCUAACAUCAUUUAGGAUAUUUGCUAGUCUAUUUUAAUAACUCCCAAUCCUUUGAAUGUGUUACGGAUUACGCGCGUUAUAAUAAAUGUAACAUUCAAAGUAUCAUUUUAAUAUUAAACUCAAAAGAAUGUAUACGCUAGCUCCGACGGGAUAUAUUGCUCAUUUAAAGUGGUGUUGAAAUAUUGAUUUUACCAAAUUUAAUAAUCUUAUU